UGAAUACCCUUUUGAAUUGCCAACAAUUCUUCUUUCUCUCUAGCUAUAUCCCUUUUUUUCCUCUCUUAAGCAAAUGGAAAUGGAGUGUGAUGAAAAAGUAAGGGUAUGGAGGAGAAUGUCUUUAUGGGUGAAGAGUUUAUUUGCAAAAUUAGUGGAAAUUGGAAAGAAGGCAAAAGCUCUGGGGAAAGAUGAUCCAAGAAGGGUUAUUCAUGCACUAAAAUUAGGGCUUACACUCACAAUUGUCUCACUACUUUACUAUUACAAACCACUUUAUGAUAACUUUGGAGUUUCAGCAAUGUGGGCUGUCAUGACUGUUGUUGUUGUUCUUGAAUUCUCAGUAGGGGCAACACUGGGAAAAGGGUUGAAUAGAGCAUUUGCAACACUGUUUGCUGGUGGUUUAGGAGCUGGAGCUCAUCACUUGGCUGCUCUAUCUGGACAUGUUGGCCAACCAAUCAUUACUAGUAUCUUUGUCUUUUUAACAGCUUGCACAUUGACGUUUAUGAGGUUUUUUCCAAGCAUCAAAGCAAAAUAUGAUUAUGGAAUGAUGAUCUCCAUUUUAUCAUUCUCUUUGGUAUCCAUAUCGGGGCUUCGAGAUGAUGAAAUAUUUUUGCUUCUUCAGAAGAGGGUUUCUACAAUCUUCCUUGGUGUUUGUGUCUGUCUUAUCAUUUCUAUCUCUAUUUCCCCGUUUUGGGCUGGUCAAGAUCUUCACAAUCGAAUUGCUCUCAACAUUGAAUACCUAGCUCUCUUCUUUGAAGGAUAUGGAUCAGAAUACUUCAAAACUUUACAAGAUAGAGAGGCCAACAAAGAUGAAAAUUUUAGUCAAUUAUACAAAAGUAUUCUCAAAUCAAGUGGCAUUGAAGAUACGUUGUAUAAUUUUGCAAGGUGGGAGCCUGGCCAUGGAUGUUUCCAAUUUCGUCAUCCAUGGAAGCAGUACCUCAAAAUUGGAUCCCUAACUUACCAAUGUGCCUUUAGAGUUGAUGCUCUUCAUCGCAAUCUCCAUUCAAAUGUUCAAUUUCAGUAA